AUGAUAGUUGUAGAGGAAGACUUGAUUAUUACUCGUAUCAAUACCUUAAGAAUAAUGUUUGGAAUUGGUGGAUCUGCCCCUCAGGUUUCUUCGCAACAAAAGUUGGCUGCUGCCGAAGCCGAGUUGGACAUGGUGACCGACAUGUUCAACACUUUGGUUGACAAAUGCCACCAAAAAUGUAUCGUCAAGCCAUAUGGUGACUCAGACUUGACAAAGCAAGAGUCUUUGUGUUUAGACAGAUGUGUUUCCAAAUACUUUGAAACCAACGUUAAGGUUGGAGAACACAUGCAAAAGCUUGGGCAAUCCAAUGCAUUUUUGGGUAGACAGUAA